GUCCAGUUUUCGCCCUCACCGCCGCCUGGUCACACUGACGCUCGCGUGUAUGCAUGUGUGUGUGUGUGCAUUACAUUACGCAUUUGCUUUGCGAAUUAGAAGCUAAUUAAAGCGAAUAUUGUGGACUCGAGCCGGUCGCCAGAGUCCCACGGUUGCCGCCAACGCCGAGCUAAGGUCUCCAGCCAACCGGGCCAUGUACGCCACCAACAAUGGCGGCACGAACAAGGCGCCAAACAGCAAUGCCACCUCCAUGUUCGACAACACCAUCACAGUGACGCCCAUAAAGAUGGAACUGGGCCAGGCGUAUGCCAAAUCGCAAAAUUCAGCGGCUAUGCAGCGAAGAACACCGAAUGCAGUGGUGGUCACCUCCUCCUCCACCGUCUCCUCCGCCCAGCAGCAGCAGCAACAGCAGGGCCAGCAGCAACAGCAGACGGUUCCCAUGGCCAGUUUGGUGUCCAACGCCUGUACGCUGGUUAAUCCCAGCAUGAGUGUGACGGUGGCCACCACCGUUGCGAGCGGCGCCAAGGAGAAGACCACGAAGGCCACACGAACUCAGGUGGCACGCAAACCGCCGCCCACCAUCGACAACUUCUGGCCAAAUAUCGUGAGCGAGGUGCACAGCAUCGGCCAGGUGGAUGCCAAGCACCAGGUGCUGCCGCUGGCGCGCAUCAAGAAAAUCAUGAAGCUGGACGAGAACGCCAAGAUGAUUGCCGGCGAGGCGCCGCUACUGUUUGCCAAAGCCUGCGAGUACUUCAUUCAGGAGCUGACUAUGCACGCUUGGGUGCACACCGAGGAGAGCCGGCGGCGUACGCUCCAGCGUUCGGACAUUGCCCAGGCCAUAGCCAACUACGACCAGUUCGACUUCCUCAUCGACAUUGUGCCGCGCGAAGAGAUCAAACCGUCGUCGGCGCAAAAGACCAAGGAUGGCAGUACAUCCAGUUCGAGCGGAAUGGCGGGCGCAGCCAGCAGUGCCGCCUCCACCUCCAACACAGCCACCUCCAAUGCGGCCGCCUCCGUGGCGGGCAAUGCUACCGCCACGGGCAACUUUGUAGCCAGUGGUUCCACCGUACCUGCGACCACCGCUGGUGGCCUCAAGCUGGACACCACGGGUGCAACCAAUGCCGCCGAGGUGCUCGGCUUCAGCACUGUCAACUCGGACAUCUUCUCAGCGCAACUGCAGCAGCAACAACAACAGCAGCAACAGCACGCCGCCCAGCAGCAGCAGCAACAACAGCAGCAGCAACAUCACCAGGCACAUCCACAGCAGGUUCAGAUUAUUCAGCAGGGCGCUGGUGGCCAACAGUUGCAAUACUUUAUCGCACUGCCGAGUCAGCAGGCGGCGCAGCUCGUGCAGCAGCCGCAGCCCGCGCAGAAUCAUCUACCCAUCAACAUUUUGUCAACCCAACAACCCACCCAGCAGUUGAUACUGACCGCCGGUCCCAAUGGUCAGCUGACCGCAACGCCAGCGCCGCAAACGACUGCCCAGCAACAGACGGCGCUGCUCCAGAAUCUCGCCCAGCAGCAACAGCAGCACCAGCAACAUCAGCAGCAGAUUCAGCUGCUGCAGCAAGUGGUUACGCCCACGGGGGAGCUGACUAAUGUGCCGAUCGCCAUCAAUGCCAGUCAUUUGAAUCUCCUGCAGCGACUACAAAUGCAACAGCAGCAGCAGCAGCAACAACAGCAGCAGCAACAGCAGCAGCAGCAACAACAGGUCAUCAUACCAACCCAACUGCUGACGACACAGCAACUGCUCCAGCUGGGCGGAGCACCCACAGUGGCCCAUCAGCAGCAGCAGCAACAGCAGCAGCACGCCAAUCUCACGCAGCAGAGCAACGCCAGUGCGGUGGCCAGUGGCACGCCGAUCUUUAUCAACUCGACCAUGACUGGUGCCCAGGCGGCGGCGACGCAGGCGCAGCAGCAGCAGUCGGCGCAGCAGCAACAGGCACAAACGAUCUCCACCAUGUCCACGGAUCGCACAUUAACCGGCGGAUUUCGGUAAAAGCUGGAAGUAUGAUAUCCGUACCAACGGACGGACGGACAGACGGACAGUUGGCAAUCAUAUCGAAAGCAUCGGGAGGCAUUGGAAUCGGGCAUUGGCAAGCGGGCAUUGAUUGCGCCAUCCCCUGUCAUCCAGCACAAUGUAUAAUAUUAUAGUUUACGUAGGUGUAUACGAUUGUAUAUCGCGGGGGAGAUUAUAUAUAGCUAGUGUCUAAGUCGUAGGCAUCUGUGUAGAAACGAUUUCUCAAUUGUAAUUUAUUGCUGACCCUCCCGCCCCCUGGCAGCAGGUUUCACCUUCUCCAAAAAAAAAAACCGCCACCUCCACCACUUUUAAACCUAGCACUUAGAGAGAAUAAUGGGAAAUCGAGUGUAUUAGUGUAUGUAUGUGACGGGUGACGGAUGCCACCGGUCCAAAGCAUAACCCAGCGUUUCGCGUGGCAUCCGCGCUCUUUAUUAUGUAUUUGUACUUCUAACUAAGCUAAGAUCUGAUAAACAAUUAUAAGCCACCAAGGACUAUGUGCCAG